AUAGUGUGGAAAUUGAAAAGUCUACGACAGUUAAACCUCAGUGUCAAAAAAGAAAAAGACAACUAAACCCUACACGGCUAACACCAGAGCCCCAAAAGUAAAAGACGCGCCUUUUAAGCAUUUUUCUCCGGCGAAAGGAAAUGGCGAGUCUAGGGUUACGGCUAAAGGCGGCGACAUGGACGUUGAGGAGCGGAGCAGCUACUGUUUCGAGGCGUUGUUCGUCGGAAAUGGGGAAGGGAUUUCGUCGAUUCUCUUCUGAACCAGAAAAUGAUGUUCCAACUUCAGGAAUCAGCCGACCUCUCGCUGAGAUUCUCAAGGAGCUUAACAAAAAGGUUCCAGAUAGCGUCAUCAAAACCCGAAUCGAAGAUGGAUUCGCCAUGAAAUACAUCCCCUGGCACAUUGUUAAUCGGAUCAUGAAUCUGCAUGCUCCAGAAUGGUCAGGAGAAGUUCGAAGUGUCACUUACUCUCCUGAUGGUAACACCGUUACUGUGGCUUAUCGCGUGACUCUCUACGGCACCGAUGCUGAGAUAUUUAGGGAAUCAACAGGCACCACUUCGGUAGAUGAUAAAGGCUAUGGUGAUGCUGUGCAAAAGGCUGAAGCAAUGGCAUUUCGCCGUGCCUGUGCAAGGCUUGGACUAGGACUUCAUCUUUAUCACGAGGAUGCUUUGUAAAGACUCGUUUUUAACCAUCGGAUUUUUUUUUUUUGUGUUUCCUACUGCCUAGUAGUUGUCGUUCAAGGUAGAACUCAAGGAAGCGAGGUUUUUGGUAUCUAAAUUUUGUAUCUAGAUGGCGGUAGAAUUUUAAAUUGGCUAACGCAACGAGCCUAAGUUUAAUGUAAGAAAACUCUUGUUGAUUCCCAUGAAAUUA